AUGAUUACAGACGAGGAACAACAGUGUGACAAGGAGCUGUCUCGGUCUGGGGUCAUUCAGCAACAGGUUAUAGAAUCUACAGGCCUAUCGACGUGGAAAGAUGAUCCUCGCAAUCCAUACCACUGGCCACCGGCAAAGAAGAACUCGAUCUUUUUCGUGCUGUUGAUGACCAUCUUGAACAGUUGCAUCGGAAGCUCUCUGCCCAGUAAUGGGAUUCCCUUUAUAACGAAAGAAUUCGGCGUCGGGUCGCAGUCGCAAAAGGCCCUGCCCAAUUCUUGUUACUUGAUAGGCUAUGUUUUCGGGCCUCUUGUAUGGGCUCCCAUGAGUGAGCAACAAGGCCGCCGGUGCCUCACCAUAGGGACAUUCUUCCUGUUCACAAUAUUCACAAUGGCAUGCGGUCUAUCCAGGAACUGGGCCACUCUUCUAGUACUGAGACUCCUAGCUGGCAUUUUCGCUAGUGGGCCCAUUGCCGUCGUGACCGGUGUGCUCGCAGACAUUUUCCAAGAUGCCAGAACUCGAGGGCGCGCAGUGGCACUUUAUAUGGUGGCCACCUCAUUUGGACCACUACUGGGCCCUAUCAUAUCAGGCUUUGCAUCUCCGAAACUAGGCUGGCAAUGGUCCUUCUGGAUAGCUACAAUGCUGGCUGCAGCAACACUGCUCCCACUCCUCUUCCUUCCAGAAACACACGGGAAACUGCUUCGCGAGAAAUAUCAUGGACCUGACAGCUCCGCACCCCAGACCAGACAGAAAGGCGACAGACGAAAGUAUGUAAAAACCGUCCUGCUACGCCCGCUCCACAUGCUCAUCUUUGAGCCCAUCGUUACCGCCUCAUCCGCCUACCUGGCUCUCGUCUACGGCAUUUUCUACAUGUCCUUCCAAGCAUACCCCAUAAUCUUCCAAAACAUCUACAAAAUGUCCCCCGGGAUCUGCGGCCUCGCGUACCUCCCCAUCGGCGCUGGAUGCCUCCUUUUCCUCCCCGUCUUCUGGCUCUACGAUAACUACCUCCUCCACUUAGAGCGCGUGGGCAAUACAUGGUAUCUCAAGAAUAGGGAAGGAUGCCGACGGCUUCCACUCGCUUGUCUUGGAGGCCCCCUAUUUGCAGCUUCGCUCUUUUGGCUGGGCUGGUCAGCGAGUGAGAGGAUUCCAUUUGCAGCGCCCAUGCUCGCUGGGGUGCCGUUUGGAUUUGGGUUUAUCUGUAUUUUUAUUGCUUUGUUGAACGUUCUCACAGACUCAUACGAAAUUUACGCUGCGUCCGCAAAUGCUGCUUCCAGCUGCUCGCGCAGUCUCCUGGGGACGGUUCUUCCUCUUGCUACGACGCCGAUGUUCACCAACCUCGGGGUCCCUGGUGCUUGCAGUCUGCUUGGUGGGCUCAGCGCGCUUAUGUCUGUGAUUCCGUUUAUUUUUAUUUGGAAGGGGAAGGAAAUUAGACAGCGGUCGAAGUUCUGUAAUAUGCUGCAGGAAGAGAAAAAUAGAGCUCAGCUAGGUUAA